UUCGAUCUCGUGCCUGUAGAUGGUGGCAGUCCAAUACACCUGCCCGAGGGGGAGACACUGCUGGGAAGGGGUCCAUUCCUUGGCGUGGCGGAAGAUGCUAACGUGCAAGGCUAAUAAUCUUUCAACAGCAGCAGAAGAGCCAUGCUUAGGCCUACAUAAUGUGCAUAUUACUGUAGCGGCAGGGUCACAGCGUCCUGCACAUCUUUGCUGCAAUGCUCCUUCUAACUUGGAGAAAUACACAGUUGCGGUGGCUUCCUGUUGGGAGAAGAGAACCUAUGUAGGAGCAUGCAAAUGUGAUCCUGCCCCUAUGAAGGUCAGCGACAAAAGAGUCUCCAGACACCACUGCCUCCUUGAGAACCUGAAUGGGCAGCUGCGCAUCAAACCUACGCAUGUGAACCCCUGCUUUUGUCAGUCCUCGCUGGACGACCUCCCACAACCCCUGGACAGGAACCAGUGGCAUAAACUUGGACAGGGAGACAUCAUCUCCCUCCUUCCUGGGAAGUACAUCUACAAGGUGGUGGCCCUGAGUGGAGAAGAUGGAACACCCAGAAACAGUCAGGCUCUUCAAGAUGAAGACGAGGCUGUUAUUAAGUCUCCUCCUGCCUCCCCUGAACCAAGCGACGAACCUGCUUACCCCUCUCGACAGGGCAAGGGGUGGACGCCAAGCUCCCAUGAACAACAAUCUAGACUGGGAGGUAGUGUGGACCAGAAGGAGCCAGAUGAACAGCUACCUAACCCACCUACCUUAAACCAGACAGAAGCUGGGGUCGCUGAAGCAGAAAAUGACAAGAACGAGCUGAAACUUGAACCAAAGAAAAGAGUGUUACCUGCUUGGAUGACUGUACCCAUUGCAUCUCCCAAGAACCCCACCACCACCAAAGGAUUUGGAAAUCGAGGCAGAGGAACCGCAACCCCAACGACAAGCACCAACCAGGGAGCGGCCAAACGGGCCAGGUACACAGCGCCCUUGUCAGGGGAGGAAGAGUCUGAACACAGCGAGGCAGAGCCAACACCCAAGAAGAGGGUGAGGAGGAAGAAGAGUGAUGAGGAUGAGGACAAUGAGGAAGCGGUCCAGUCAACAACAGCAUUUAAAGCCAGGCAGCAGGUGAAGCCUAGUAAAGUAGAGGAGAGUGAGGAGUCGGACCACUUUGACGUGGAGGAGGAUGAUGGAGAGAAGAGAAGAGGAGAAGCUUCCCCAGCGAAAGGCAGCAGCACUUCUACGAGCAGAGCGGAGGCCAGCGAGUCCGAGGACAAGGAGAGACAGCCUCAGAACGGUCAGAAGGUCGGCAAGGGGCCUCAAGAGUCAGGUGACGUUUCAGGCCCCGCCCAGUCCAAAGCUCGGCUCAGGACAACCUGCCCCUAUGGAAAGGACUGUUACAGGAAAAACCCAGUCCACUUCCAAGAAUGCAGUCACCCCGGCGACAGCGACUACGAGGAUAGUUCCGCGAAAGACGAGGAGGAAGAGGAGGACGCGGACCGACCUGAGUGUCCGUACGGCACAGACUGCUACAGGAAAAACCCUCUCCACUGGAAGGAAUACAAACACACCAAGAAGACUCGAGCGAAAAAGCCGGUAUCAUACAACAACGAUGAUGAUGAUGAUGAGUUUGGGGACGAUGACAGCUUCAUCAAUGAUGAGAGCGAGGACAUUGGUGAAGACUCUGACUAUGAGCCACCUGACUCCGACGACAGUGGCAAGGAGGACCUCGAAACACUCAAGAAAGAAGCAAAGGCCUUCACAAGGCCGAAAUGAACUAGUGGCCUAAACUGGACUAAUCUCCCCUUACCUGUUUUAUACUAAGCGUGCUAUUUAAGCGGAGUAUACCUUUUUGUCCUCUAUUCAAACACCCUUGGAAUCCAGCAGGUCUACAAUCUCGAAUAAUAUUAGUCUCCCUGUGCUGGGAAAAUACAGUCAGCAAUUUACCCCAUCAGUUGGGAAGAAUCAAUAACGGGAUUCUUGACUGAUUUGUGUAUGAGGAUGUCAUAUUGCUGACUUUACCUUUUUAAAGGUGAUUGAAUUGAUGUGUGAUACACAGUGAUACUUUCUUGGAUAGUAAUUAAUCACAAGCAUCUUUGAAGUGUAUGAAUUCUUGGUUAUUGGUUUGUUUGAAUAGUAUGGACAAGCAGUUUCUUUUUAUUUUUUACUUCCUUAAAAAAUAAAUUAUCAGUACCUUCAGAAUGUAUUCACACCCCUUGACUUUUUUCACAUGUUGUUGUUACAAAGUGGGAUUAAAAUGUCCUUUUUUGGUCAAUGAUCUACACAAAAUAUUUUGUAAUUUCAAAGAAAACUGCUAUAUUUUGUAUUUAUUAAGGAAAAUAAUCAGUACAUGUUAAACACCUUUGGGUGUGAAUUGUUUUGGGUAAGUGUCUAAGAGCUUUGUCAAGUUCAUUGUUGACCUUUGCUAGACAGCCAUUUUCAAGUCUUGUCAGAUCUUCAAGCAGAUUAAAGUCAAAACUGUAAUUAGGCCACUCCGGAACAUUCAAUGUCGUCUUUCUGAGCAGCACCAGUGUAGAUUUGGCAUUGUGUUUUAAGUUAUUGUCCUGCUGAAAGGUGAAUUAGUCUCCCGGUGUCUGUUGGAAAGACAACUGAACCAGGUUUUCCUCUAGAAAAACUUCCUAGUCCUUGCCGAUAAGUAUAUCCAUAACAUGAUGCAGCCACCACCAUGCUUGAAAAUACGAAGAGUGGUACUCAGUGAUGUGUUGAAUUUCCCCAAACAUAACACUUUGUAUUCAGGACAAAAGUUAGUUUCUUUGCCACAUUAUUCACAGUUUUACUUUCGUGUCUUUUUGCAAACAAGAUGCAUGUUUUGGAAUAAUUGUAUUCUGUACACCGUAUUAUUUUCACUCUUGUCAUGUAGGUUAGUAUUAUGGAGUAACCUCAUGGUGAAAUCCCUGAGGGGUUUCCUUCCUCUCAAGCAACUGAGUUAGGAAGGACGCCUAUAUCUCUGUAAUGACUGGGUGUAUUGACCUAAUGAAUAACUCAAACACCAUGCUCAAAGGGAUAUUCAGCAUCUGCUUUAUUUGAUUUUUACCCAUUUACCAAUCGGUGGCCACCUUUGCGAGGAAUUGAGAAACUUCCCUAGUCUUUGUGGUUGAAUCUGUGCUUGAAAUUCACAGCUCAACUGAGGGAUGUCACAGAUGAUUGUAUGUGUGGGGAAUGGAGAUGGGCUAGUCAUUCAAAAAUCAUGUUAACCACUAUUAUGCAACUUAUGUGAUUUGCUAAGCAAAUGUUUACUCCUGAACUUAUUUAGGCUUGUUAUCACAGAGGUUGAAUACGUAUUGACUCAAGCCAUUUCAGCCAUUUUGUUUUUCAUUUGUAAAACAUUCUAAAAAAUAUUUUAAAAAACAGUGACAUUAUGGGGUAUUGUGUGUAGAUCAGUGACACAAAAUGUAGUUCUUUAAUCCAUUUUAAAUUCCGGCUGUAACGCAACAAAAUGUGGAAGAAGUUCAAGGGAUGUGAAUACUUUCUGAAGGCAUUAUAAAUAAUGUAUAAUACCAGAAGUUGUGUUUAAUUGACAGUAGUUUGUUAUGCUUUUUAUACUCAAUGCCAGUGUCAUGUUUGUCUAUAGUAAAUAUGCUUUUAAUGAACAAUAUUCAUUCAUUCGUCUGUCUCAAUGUAGAAAGAUUUGUAAAAAUACACAAGAUGGUAAUGCAGUUUGAACAUGUUUGUUGUAUGCUGAAUAUUAGUUUCAAUUUUCAUGACCCUUCACUUGGUCAUUGUAAAGCAUUCUAAACCUGACACAUUCACUUCCUUAUUCAUGGUUCCAAUUACAUAAUCACCUCUGGGAUCAUGAGAACCCGGAGUGUAAUACAGUGUUUAAUUCUAUGUUUUUUUGUGAACAAAUUUAUAUUUAUUUUGUCAUCCAGUUUGACCUCUCGUUUUGUAAUCCAAUCAACAUGCAUUAAUUCAUAAACAAAAACACUGCCA